UCAGAACAGACAGAAUACUCAUCGCACAGGCUGUAUGAUUUUAGCAUGACUUGGAUGAGUCACGUCGAACAUCUGUCAAACAUGUUAAAACUUUGAUGAAUCUUUCCUCUGCGUUUUCGAAAGUUUAUCGCACCGAUAUAUAAUAUCGCGUAGUGAUUGUACACGUACGUAGAAAAAUACGUAUUGCUGCAACGUGCGAGUCCAUGACUCCAUAAGCGACGUAGUUGGCGCGGAAACUCGCGCGCAUUCGCGCGUUACAUUUGGAUACAUAUCGCAGCGCGAGUUGAACACAAUUCGUCGUAGUAUCCGUGCAACGUCAAGCGCAGAGAAGUUGCAUUUAAGGAUUACUCUCGAACAGACCUAUAAUUUCAGCAAAAAUGGAGAAAACCAAUAAAAAGGUUUUAAUUAUUUCAAUUGUCGGUACAAUAAUCGCACUUCUUGGCAUAAUCACAGGAUCACUUUGGAUCACAGUCAUAUACGAUUGGGCAAUCACAAAGAUAUUAACAUUAUCACCAUCAUCUAUAAGUAAUGAUAUGUGGAAGGAAACUCCUAUACCAAUGUAUUUUAAAUUUUAUAUGUUUAAUUGGACAAAUCCGCAUGAAUUUAAUGCAUCAUCAAAUGUAACACCACAUUUUGUAGAAAUGGGGCCUUAUGUUUUUCGAGAAAUUGAUUAUAAAGUAAAUCAAGUAUGGAAUGACAAUGGAACUAUCACAUUUCAAAGAAAGAAAGUAUGGUUUUUUGAAGAAUCAUUGUCCAAUGGGAGUCUGACUGAUAAAAUAACCAAUCUAAAUCCAAUAGUUGCAACAGUCGGAUUUUCCGUAAAACAUAAAUCUAUAUUAAUACGUAAGAUGAUCAACUCAUUAAUGAUGCGUCUAGGAGAAAAAUUAACAUUAACUAAAAGUGUAAAUGAACUGUUAUUUGAAGGAUAUAAUGAUACAUUAUUGGAAAUUGCAAAAAAGAUGAAAACAACUAAUAUGCCUUUUUCAAAGUUUGGAUGGUUUUAUGGAAGAAAUGGUUCGGAAAGUUACGAUGGCACAUUCAAUAUGCUUACUGGAUCAACAAAUUUAUAUAAUAAGGGAUUAAACAAACAAUGGAAUUUCAAAAAUAGAACAGAUUAUUACGAGAGUUCAUGCGGUAUAAUUGAUGGAUCAAAUGGCGAUCUUUGGCCACCCUUACCAAAUAAUAAUACCGUAUCGCUCUUUAUUCCUGAUAUUUGCACAGUUUUGAAAUUAUCAUAUGCAAAUACAACAACAUUUCAAAGUGUAACCGGAAACAAAUAUAUUGGAGAUGAUAAAAUGCUCGAUAAUGGCGAAAAGGUACCGUCAAGACAAUGUUAUUGUCCCAAUGGAGAUUGUGGACCUAGCGGAACCUUAAAUAUUUCAUCCUGUAAAUAUGGAGCGCCAGCAUUCGUUAGUAUGCCACAUUUUUACCUGGCAGAUCCAAGUUACAAGAAUGCUAUAUCGGGACUGUUGCCCAACCCAGAAAAACACCAAAUAUCAAUAGUCAUAGAACCGACUACAGGCAUCCCAAUACAAGUUCAAGCAAAAUUGCAACUAAAUUUAUUAAUAGAACCAAUACAACACAUGAGUAUGUUUGAAAAUAUAAACAAGACAUAUAUUCCAAUGUUAUGGUUUAUUCAAGAGGCUGAUCUAACUGCCAGUUAUGCGAAUCAAGUUAAAAUACUUUUGAUUCUUCCAACAUUGGGUACUGUAACAUGUUUUGGAAUAGCAGGCAUUGGAGUUUUAAUAUUCUUCAUUGGAAUUUUUGUUUACAUUCGACAAAAAUUGCGGAGUGAAGAUAAUCAGGUGUUACUAUCAAAAUACGAUGGCGAUAUUAGGAAUAGAAACGACAUAUAGUUUUCUCUUUUGUGCCAUUGAUAUAAUAAUAGAGAGUUUAUACUUUUUUUAUUAAAUUUUUUGCUUUACUUCCAUUCAAAUUAUAUUCAGGCUUCCUUUUUUAAUUUGAGAAAUUUUCAUAGCAGAGAUAAGACUGUAUCAAUGUCUUAUUAAUGUAUAAUUGAUGAGAGAAACAAUUAACGUGUAGUCUAUAAGAACAUAAAAGUGCCUAUCUUAACUAGUAUAGCUAUGGAUCCAACAAGUAUCAAUCAAUAAUAGGUGUAGUUCAAAAAGUCAAUACUAAGAUGUAAAUAUUAAACUAAAAAAGUUGUUUAUUUCUACAUUCGUCAAAGUAUGAAAUGAAUAUUAAUAUUUUAUUCAAAUGUUAAAAAUCGUGAUAUAAUAUAUUUAAAACAAUCUUCAUAUACAAACAUAAUUAAAACAAUCUUCAAAUACACUAAACCAUCUUUAUGAUGCAAUGUGUGUAAAUAAUAUACUAAGAUGCAAUAAAGGAAAAUCUAAUAAUAGUGGCAAUUUAUCAAAUAUAUGUAGCUAUAUAU